AUGGAGUCUCCCGCCGCCUACCCCGAAUCUCCGAUGGAGCAGGAUGACGUGCCGGUCCCUUGCAAGGGCUGUGGCGAGAUCCUGGAAGAGGGAAAAGCAUUUGAACUUGCCGGGAACCGAUGGCAUAUCGAAUGUUUUUGCUGCAGCACUUGCGGCACCCUGCUUGAUUCGGACGCCCACCUUCUGCUUCUUGGAGAUGGCUCGUUAAUCUGCAGCAAUUGUACCUACAGCUGCAGCUCCUGCAACAACAAGAUCGAGGACUUGGCCAUUCUGACCGGAGAACAAGCCUUUUGUUCCCAAUGUUUUCGAUGCCGCAACUGUAAAAAGAAGAUUGAAAACCUGCGCUAUGCGCGGACCUCCCAGGGUAUCUUCUGCAUGGACUGUCAUGAGUCCCUAAUGCAGCGCCGCCGAAAGCGCAACCGUGCCGUUCCCCCCUCCGCCAAAAAACAAGCCCCCAACGUGAAGCUGGACAAGUCCCUACCCUCGUUGCCUCCCGAGGAGGCCGAAUCCCUGUCACGGUCCACCGAAGAUCCUGCUGCCGAUGCCUACGCAGGUGCAACUACCGAAGUGGCUUCUCGAGGGGCGGGGCCUGCGCUGGACGCUGGAAGAACUCUGCCUUCUUCUUCCCCGCAUAACCAUCAGGAAAACUUAAUCCUUCCCUCGAGCACGUACCGCAGCAACCGUCACUCCGUGGUUCCGCGAGAAGCUGAAGCAGACGGUGGAGGAGAGUUUCUCAUACCGGUCGCCUUUGACCCUGCGGAAGAGCAACGAUCCCAAGGGCAGUCAUCCCAAGAGUCUGGCACCGACGCCAACAAGCAUCUACACAAAUCUCCCCGGGAAGGAUACGAGCCCGCCAGCUCAGAGAGCUCGUCCCCUCACAUCGCCUACCAGGAGAAGGGUCGUGAGCGUCCGGAGAUCGACCAUGCUCACUGGCACCAGGGCGAGGCCGCCAUGGGUGCGAAUGGCUCUACGCGGAGCUCCCGAUCUGACCUGCCCUCGGGCGCCCACGAGACGAGCACCUUCUCCACUCCGAGCCCGGAAAGCACCAAAUCGUCGACCACUCUCCAGAGGGAUGGUUCGACUGCGGACUCGCAACGAUCCACGGCCGUGGAAAGCGCCACUACGCUCCCAAGCCGGCCGUCGCAUGAACUUCGCCGACUACACGAGAACGGAGGAUCGUUGGACUCGGCACGAUCAUUCCUUUCCUCCACCAGCAUCCAGAACCUUCCCAAGCGGGGAGACUCGCUGCAUCAGUUCCCUCGAAAGGAUUCCGGCGCUUCGCCACGUCCGCAGGCGACCAGCCCGGUCGAGCAGUGGCAUGAACGCAGCAGGAGCACGCCCAAGGUUGCCGAAUCCCCGCGCACUCCUCACGGCGAGGUCAACCAGGAACAAUUCAAACCCCCGCGCCCGAACUCGAUCAGCACCGUUCAACAACUGGAUCGGGCGGGAUCUCCGUCCUUGCUGCGCUCCGGAGGCGGCGAUCUCGCUACGGACGAUGAUAUGGCUCGGAUCAUGGGCUCGGACGAUCCCCACGCGGCUCAGACCAACGAGUCCUUCCUGCGUCGCAUGUCAAACUCGGUACGCCAUGGCCGGAGCUUCAGCGACAAGGGUUCUCGUAUGGCUCGGGAUUCAAAGUCACCCAAGUCGCCGGUUAACGGAACCACGUUCCAGGAAGCUCAGAGCCCCUCCGCGGGCUCUCCAGAGAGCGGAGGCUCCGAAGAAGUUGCGUGGUUGCGCAGUGAGUUGCGCAAGGAGCGCCAGCGUGUCUUGGAACGCGAGCAGAAGAUCGCCGAGAUGGAAGCAAUGUUGAACGCGACCGCCGAUGUCAAGCAGGUCAACACGGAACUCAGUGAAAAGCGAUCGACGAUGGUGGUCCUGGAUGCUCAGAAGGAAAUCGUGAUGCGGGAACUCUCGGUGCUGACGGACCACCUGGAGGCCGAGAGGCGCGGCGCCAGCGGCCCCUUGGAUCUUGGGAAAUUGACCAACCAUGUGCUCCGGGAAUUCGUCGAGUCUAUCCAGAAACUGAAGGAUUCUUUCACACCGCAGAUCGAAGAGCUGGUUCAGAAACGGAACGACACCGCGGAGGAACUGGCCAAUCUGAACCGCAUGAAGGACAAGAGCUUCCAGGAGUUUGAGCAACUCUCGUCGAAGAACGCGCAGCUGGCCGAGCUGAACAACCAGCUGGUGCAUCAGAUUCAAGAAUUGUACAAGGCGAACAACUCCUCGGACGGCAACCGCGGCGCGAACGGGCUCGGCAUCUAUUCCCACGGAAAGGAGAAGUCCUUAUCGUCCAUCGAUGCGCUGAAGGCAGCCAACAGCGAAUUGGCCCCGUCGGUAUCGGCUGCCAAUGUAUCCGAAGAGGCCGAACCCGCUACCAUCGUUCCCGGUCCUCAAGUCGUCAGCAUCCGCAAGGGACAACCCCGUAAGUUCAACUGGAAGAAGGGAGGUCAGAACGUGGCCAAGGGAGUCACCAAGGGCAUCAAGGGUGCCUUUAUGUCGAGUGAAAAUGCGGCCCCAACCGAACCCAGUCCCGGUUUGCCUCGCUCUCAGACCCAGGACCCCAGUCGCCAAGGAUUCGGGUUCUUUGGAAAUCAGCGCAACAAGCAGACGGGUACUAGAAUCCCCCAAACGGAUAGCGUUCCGGUUCUGGCAGAAAGUACUCCGAACGGACUUUUUGGUACCGACUUGGAACAGCGCAUGGAGCAUGAAAAGAGCAUCAUCCCCGCCAUUAUCACCCGGUGUAUCCAGGAGGUUGAGUUGCGAGGCAUGGAUAUGGAAGGUAUUUACCGUAAAUCGGGGGCUAGUUCGGCGAUCCAAACCAUCCGUGACGGGUUUGAAAGGUCUCCUCAAGAUUACGAUAUUUCAGAUCCUGAUCUCGACAUUCAUGCCGUCACGUCGGCGCUGAAGCAGUACUUCCGGAAACUGCCUACGCCUCUCAUUACCUACGAAGUCUACGAAAAGGUGAUCGACUCGGGUGACAUCACCUCGCAGUCCGCACGGAUCGAGAAUCUGCAGAAGAGCCUUGGCGAGCUGCCUCGAGUUCAUCAGGACGUGCUGGAGUUCCUGGUGUUCCACUUGAAGCGAGUGGUUGAGCGUGAGAAGGAGAAUUUGAUGACCAGCCAGAACAUCGCCGUCGUGUUUGCUCCGACGAUCAUGAGGCCACAGAGUUUGGCCCGGGAGAUGACGGACGUUCAGAAGAAGAACGAGGUCUUGAAAUUCUUGGUAGAUAACUGUCAAGAGAUUUUCAUGGGUAUGCAGGGCUGA